UCUAGUUGAUUCAAUUCUUUGUGAGCACGAGUGAUGUAACUUUUUUUUUCUUGCCUUGUAGGAGUGAAUGUACAUUGUUGUUUCAAUGGUGCGCGCCUUCAAUUUUUUGGUAAGGUGCCCUGGUUAGUAGCUUAAGGCGGGAAAUUUCUGAUUCGUCUCAUGAUCGUAAAAGUACCUAAAACAAGCCCUGUCCGUGACGAUAUCCAUUGUAUAUAUCAUUUGAGAAUUUGGGGAUCAACUUAUUGCAGACUCACUCACACAUUGACACAUCAAGGUACAUAUAAGUUAGUCACAUAAAAUUGUACCGAGUGACCGUAUUGUUGCCCGACACAGAUCGCGCAAUUCCUAGGGAGGUGUUUCUAGUUGCGCAUUUAACAACCUAGGCGCACUUCUUUGUCCUCGACUUCAUAUUUACAAUUUGUCUUACUUUUGUUAUCACGAGCCUACUUUAACUGCCGCUUUACAAUACAAUUCACCCUCACAACUCAAUUCGAUUUACAACUUCAUCAGUCCCUACUUCUAUCACCCGGCCGCGAAAAUGACCGGACACAUGACCUCGACUGGGCGAGGCGGCGCCGGCAACAUCGCCGAUUCCGCCAGAUCUCCCAAGAUCCAGCCCGCCGACCUCGAGACCCCGACUCUAAAGACCUCGGUCGUCACUACUGGCCGCGGAGGCUCUGGUAACAUGGCGCCGAAUAAGGAUCCUAUUGAGACGCGUGCGCGGCAAGACGUUGGGCCUAUCGAGCGACGAGCAAGCCACGGCGCGACACAUGUCGGUCGAGGCGGCGCUGCCAACAUCGUCCGACUAAGCAGCGAGGAAGCCGAGAUUGCCAAGUCGAACCUUAACGGGACUGCGGCUAUGGGUGCUGCUACCGAGGAACACGGAUCCGCUGUGCCUGGGAGCAAGAAGAGCCAGACCAAUGGCCUGGCGGCGAAGGCUAAGGAGUUUUUUAAAGGUGCUUAGAAAGCCCUUAAAAGCAAGGCUUCGAGGUCUUAAGAGGGGUUAAGCAUUGCUGAUUUCCGGUAUACCAUUAGGCGCAUGUAUUGGUGUUGGCGAGCAUGGAGUUAUGGUUCUACGCUUUUUAUU